AUGAAUUUUGAUUUGGUUGGAAUACAAUCAAAUAGACGUGAGUUUUUGGAUCAGAUGCCGGAGGGUAACGUGAAUUCUAAAUUGGUAAGCAUUAAUCCAAAUGAAAGUGAUCAUAUUAUGUCCAAAGUUUUAGUAUGGAGAGAAGGCUUCGAGUGGGAUGAACCAGUGACUUCAGAUUUAAGACGUCUAUGGCGGGAUUUCAUCAAGGAUCUCAAGCAGAUUGAGAGCAUCAAAGUCCCCAGGCGUUACGUUUCGUGGGAUCCCGACGAAUCUAAGGUUAGUCUGGUGGUUUUUGUCGACGCUUCGGAGAAGGCGUUUGCUUCAGUGGCCUACUUACGUUUUGACCGCGACGGUGAUGUUGAGGUUUCGUUAGCCAUGGCAAAGGCGAAAGUGGCACCCCUUAAACAAUUAUCCAUCCCUCGCUUGGAGUUGCAAGCUGCGGUACUUGGCGUUCGUUUGGCAACUACAAUCAAAGAGUCACAUACGUUGCAUAUUUACGAAGUACUGUUCCUUAGUGAUUUGAAGACGGUGCUUUCAUGGAUAAACUGCUCAAAUAGACUACCUGCCUUUGUCGCAACGCGGGUGGGUGAAAUCUUGGACACUACUUCUCCCCGCCAAUGGUUCCACAUUCGGUCUAACGACAACGUGGCUGAUGAUGGCACAAAACGAUUCGAAAAAUCAAUGGGAGACCAAGAUACCAGAUGGUUUAAAGGUCCAGAUUUUUUAAAACUUCCCUUUGAGGACUGGCCCAUUUCGUCAUUCAAAGCCGACUCUGAGCUAGUGGUGGUUAAGGAAAAGUCAGCGAAAACGUUACUUCACGUUCUUAAACCACGAAGCAAUUACGGAGCGUAUGACAUGCUUUCUUCCAGAUUUCAAGCCAGAUGGUCUUUUUCCAUCAGAGCCAUCGCCUUUUUGUUACGAUUCAAACACCUACUUCAGAAGAAGCCCAUCGCUUAUGAAGUUUUUGUCACACCCGUUGAGUUCCGGCAUGCUGAAGAUUGGAUGUUCAGAAGGAUUCAGGAAGAAGCCUUCCCCAAUGACAUCGCUUCGUUAAGGAUGAGCGGUAAUGUCAGUGCUUCAAGUUCGAUACUAAGUUUAUCGCCGUUUUUGGAUGAUGAUGGAACGUUGCGAAUGCGGUCAAGAGCGCAAAAGGCUAACUGCUCAUAUUCUUCUCGCAAUCCGGCAAUUCUUCCUAAAACCCAUCCAUUGGUCGACCUUUUCAUUGAACAUCAUCACCAAAGGAAUUUCCAUAUGGGGACUGCCACUGUAAUAUCCGACAUUCGAGAAAGUGCGUGGAUCAUUAGCAUUCGAGGAGCGGUUGAUCGAGUGAGAAAAGGGUGCUUUAUGUGCAAGCGUCUCAAGGCCAGAGCAGUUAUGCCGGCAAUGGGACAGCUUCCACCGGCUCGCCUAGCCUUUGAUUCCAGGCCCUUUACCCAUGUCGACGUGGAUUGUUUCGGACCCAUGUCAGUAAAAAUCAAUCGAAGCACUGUAAAAUGUUACGGUAUGAUCUUCACAUGCCUAACUUUUAGAGCAGUGCAGAUCGAAUUGCUAAAUGAUCUGAGCUUGGAUCAAUGUUAUAUGGCUGUCAUACGUUUCCUUAUAAACCGAGUCGUAACCAAGUAUUUCUAUAGCGACAACGGUCUCAAUUUCGUUGGAACAAAAAAUUUGCUGGAAAAAGAUGUCAAAGAGAUGGAGACUUCACUUUGCGAAUAUUCUUCAAAGAAGAGUGUGAAUUUCGUGCUACAAGAUCUCGUUCCUAGGGAAGACGUUUUGCGGAACGCACUCAUGGAGGCUCAAUGCCAAAUAAACCGCCGUCCGCUCACUCACAUCCCGGUCGAUCCUGAAGAUCCCAAACCACUAUCGCCGAACUCAAUGCUAUUUGGUGAGGAUGAUCGUGACGUUACGGCCCCCGGAAUUUUUCAUGAAAACGAUUUCUGCAGCAAACUUUAUGGUCGCAGAUCCCAACACUUAAUGUCUGAGCUAACCAAAAGAUGGUACGCUGAAUAUUUGCCCGUAAUCACUAGGAGAUCAAAGUGGUUUAAGGACACAAAACCUAUACAGCUGGAUGAUAUCGUCAUCGUUAUUGAACCAAACGAAAUCCGUUCGAGUUGGCAUUUGGGUCGUGUCACCAAGUUAUACCCGGGACCUGAUGGGAUUAUACGAAUGGCGGAUGUUAAACUAGCAAGCGGAAGAGUAAAAUCUAAGCGAUCGGUUGGUAGACUCGCUGUUCUUGAUGUAAAGUCUUCAAACUAA